GCUGGUCUUAGAUGUGCCUCAUCCGGUUUCCCCUUAGUGAUUAAACUGGGAGAGGAGGAAGCUGUAGUAAUAGCAACAACGAAAUAGUAGGCGACGCAGCCCUGUGAGGGCCGAGCGAGGUCGCCUCGGGAGGGCGACAGGAGGAAACGCCCCCUGGCCUUCCUCCUCGGCACCGAGGAGGGGGUCGAGUGCCGCCGCCCAGGCCUGCCUCGACUGAUUUGUAAAUGCCUAGCAAGCAGGUAGCCAAGAAUGAAGAAAGCAAGCCGGACUGUUGGUUCAGCGGCCAGAGUCCCAGGGAUAAGUAAAAUACAGACAGUAGAAAAAGUUAAACCAGAAAACGGUUCUGCAGUAUCUGUAGUAGCAAAGCUUUCAAAAACUGGGACAGCAGCACCAUUAUUGAAGACAAAGAGCAACGAUGAUCUUUUAGCUGGGAUGGCUGGUGGGGUUACUAUGAGCAACGGUGUGAAGGGAAAGAAGAGUACUUGCACUUCCUCAGCACCUCCCACUACAGGGACCAUGAUGAACAACUUGGAGAGCAAACCCAAACCCAUUACAGGUACAAGUUCUAUAGCUAAACGUAACACUUCAUCUGGAAAUAAGGAAUCUAGCUCUUCUCGGGAAAGAAUUCGUGACCGUUCUCGGCUGACCCAAAACAAAAAACUGCCCUUAACAGGACAGACAAGCAACGAUACAAUCCUUGCAAAGCGCUCUCGUAGCCGUACUAACCCAGACUCUGAUGUUCGAAUGAGCAAGUCUAAAUCAGACAAUCAAAUCAGUGACAAAGCUGUUCUAGAAGCAAAAGUUAAAGAUCUUUUGACUUUAGCCAAAACAAAAGAUGUCGAGAUCUUGCACCUGAGGAGUGAGCUCAGAGAAAUGCGCUCUCAGCUAGGCCUUAAUGAAGAUCAUUAUGAGGGAGAUGAAAAAUGUGAAGAAAAAGAACCCAUUGUUGUCCACCAGCCAACUGAUGUAGAAUCCACGUUACUGCAGUUGCAAGAACAAAACUCUGCCAUCCGGGAAGAACUCAACCAGCUGAAAAAUGAGAAUCGAAUGUUGAAGGAUAGGUUAAAUGCUUUAGGGUUUUCUCUGGAGCAAAGGCUGGAUAACACUGAGAAACUAUUUAGCUACCAGUCCUUGAGCCCUGAAAUCGCAGCUGGAAACCACAGUGAUGGUGGGGGCACACUUACUUCCUCAGUGGAAGGUUCUGCCCCUGGUUCAGUAGAAGAUCUUUUGAGUCAGGAUGAGAAUACAUUAAUGGACAAUCAACAUAGUAACUCCAUGGAUAAUUUGGACAGUGAGUGCAGUGAAGUUUAUCAGCCGCUCACUUCAAGUGAUGAUGCCUUAGAUGCUCCGUCAUCAUCGGAGUCCGAGGGUGUGCCAAGUAUAGAAAGAUCAAGGAAAGGGAGCAGUGGCAAUGCCAGUGAAGUAUCUGUGGCUUGUUUGACGGAACGGAUACAUCAGAUGGAAGAGAACCAGCAUAGCACAGCUGAAGAACUUCAAGCAACUCUUCAGGAACUUGCAGACUUGCAACAAAUUACUCAAGAAUUGAACAGUGAGAAUGAAAGGCUUGGAGAAGAAAAGGUUAUUCUUAUGGAAUCCUUGUGCCAGCAGAGUGACAAGUUAGAACACUUCAGUCGACAGAUGGAAUAUUUCCGAUCACUUUUAGAUGAGCAUCAUAUUUCUUACGUUAUUGAUGAAGACAUGAAAAGUGGGCGAUAUAUGGAACUAGAGCAACGUUACAUGGACCUUGCAGAGAAUGCACGGUUUGAAAGAGAGCAGCUCCUUGGUGUCCAGCAACAUCUGAGCAACACUCUGAAAAUGGCAGAACAAGAUAACAAGGAAGCCCAGGAGAUGAUAGGGGCACUGAAGGAACGGAAUCACCAUAUGGAACGAAUUAUUGAGUCAGAACAGAAGAGCAAGAACACUCUAGCAGCCACCUUGGAUGAGUACAAAGCCACAGUAGCUAGUGAUCAGAUUGAGAUGAACAGGCUGAAAGCUCAGUUGGAGCAUGAAAAACAGAAGGUAGCUGAACUAUAUUCCAUACACAACUCUGGUGACAAAUCGGAUAUACAAGAUUUACUAGAAAGUGUCAGGCUUGACAAGGAAAAAGCAGAGACAUUAGCCAGUAGCCUGCAAGAGGAGCUCGCUCAUACACGCAAUGAUGCCAAUCGCCUGCAAGACACUAUUGCAAAGAUAGAAGAUGAAUAUAGAGCUUUCCAAGAAGAAGCUAAGAAGCAAAUUCAGGAUCUGAAUAUGACUUUAGAAAAACUUCGGGCAGAGCUGGAAGAAAAAGAAACAGAAAGGAGUGACAUGAAGGAAACCAUAUUUGAAUUGGAAGAUGAAGUAGAGCAGCAUCGAGCUGUAAAACUCCACGACAAUCUCAUUAUAUCAGACUUGGAGAAUACUGUAAAAAAGCUUCAAGACCAAAAGCAUGACAUGGAAAGGGAGAUCAAAACUCUGCAUAGGCGGCUCAGGGAGGAGUCUGCUGAAUGGCGGCAGUUCCAAGCUGAUCUACAGACUGCUGUGGUCAUAGCAAAUGAUAUAAAGUCUGAGGCUCAGGAAGAAAUCGGGGACCUAAAGCGUAGGCUGCAUGAAACUCAAGAGAAGAAUGAGAAGCUAACAAAAGAGUUGGAAGAAAUAAAAUCACGCAAGCAGGAGGAAGAGCGUGGUCGUGUUUACAACUACAUGAAUGCUGUUGAAAGGGACUUAGCUGCUCUGAGGCAAGGAAUGGGGUUGAGUCGCAGGUCAUCCACUUCUUCAGAACCAACACCCACUGUAAAAACGCUCAUCAAAUCCUUUGAUAGUGCCUCUCAAGUUCCUAGUCCUGCUGCAACUACAAUUCCUCGUACCCCGCUGAGCCCAAGUCCUCUGAAGACCCCUCCUGCAGCUGCAGUAUCUCCAAUGCAGAGACAUUCCAUAAGUGGACCAAUAUCUGCUUCUAAACCCCUCUCAACUCUGUCAGACAAAAGACCAAGUUAUGCAGAAAUCCCUGUCCAAGAUCAUCUGCUGAGAACUUCCUCUACCAGCAGACCAGCUUCUUUGCCAAGAGUGCCUGCCAUGGAAAGUGCCAAAUGUAUUUCUGUGUCUAGGCGAAGCAGUGAAGAAAUCAAGAGGGACAUUACGGCUCCUGAUGGAGCAACUCCAGCUUCUCUCAUGGCCAUUGGGACCACUUCACCACAGCUGUCACUCUCAUCUUCACCUACAGCGUCUGUCACCCCUACAACACGUAAUAGAAUAAGAGAAGAAAGGAAAGACCCUUUGUCUGCUCUGGCAAGAGAAUAUGGAGGCUCCAAGAGGAAUGCUUUAUUGAAAUGGUGCCAGAAGAAGACAGAAGGCUAUCAGAAUAUUGACAUCACAAACUUCAGCAGCAGUUGGAAUGAUGGAUUGGCUUUUUGUGCUGUUCUCCAUACUUACCUCCCAGCUCACAUUCCCUAUCAAGAGCUGAACAGUCAGGAUAAGAGGAGAAAUUUCACUCUGGCUUUCCAGGCAGCAGAAAGUGUUGGCAUCAAAUCCACAUUGGAUAUUAACGAGAUGGUACGAACGGAGCGUCCGGACUGGCAAAAUGUCAUGCUGUAUGUUACAGCAAUUUACAAAUACUUUGAAACCUGAGAGUCUGAAUAACAAAGAGGAACAUUAGGCAAAGCCAAAAUCCAACUUGAUACGGUAAUCUCGACUGGCACAGGCCACAUCCCUUGGCCUCCAAUGAAACUCCUACAGACUAUUUUGAGUGGCUUUUGUGAACAAGGUUUUGUUACAGUGCUUGGGGGAAACCCAAACAGCUAAACUAGCCAGAUUAAAUUAUUAGCCCCAAAAGCCUGAACUUUAAGAACAGCCUUGUAUAGACCUCAAGUUUUCAUACUUUUAAGGAAGAGGAGUGAACUGAAUGGAUGCCACAGAAUACACAAGAUUUAAAUGGACAGCAGAAAUUAAGAGAUCUGUAUGAUUGAAUUUCUAAUACCUUUCUCCACAGAACACCCCAAAAGGUUGGAUGAAUCAUCUGCUUGUAGCACCCCAAGUAUGGGAACGAGUUACUUAUAGUCUAGUUAUUGCCUUAUAUCUCCACCUCUGCCAAGUACACAACUUCUAUAGGAAGUAAGAGGUUUGGUGUGUGAGUGUGUGUGUGUCCCCACAUCAAGCUCCACCUGACUGAAGAAUGGUGUCGUUUCUGAACUGAGACUGGCCCAGUGAAAAAGCUAUUCAUUGUAAGGAUACGUGUUUAAGCCUACCUCUGCUCUCCAAUAACAUGGCUUCCAACUUUAUUACUGGAUUAACUCCAGCAUUAGCACACACAAUUCCCAACUUUGAGGACACUACCCUAUUUUUUUUCUCCUAAAGGAAUUUUCUUGGUGUGGAUUUUACUUUCUUUUUCCCACCUGCAGACUUCCUAGCAUAUUUGGCAAGUGGAACUUUUCCUUUGAAGAAAUUCUGAUGAUGUAUUAUUAAAAGAGUUGGAAAAAUUGUUUUAGUCAUUGGAUAAGGGUAUGCUCCUUUUAAAAAAGAACUUUCAGUAGUUAGCAAUAAUAGUUCCUUGCCUCUGUGCCCAGCUAGCUUUGCAGUGUGUUCUGAUCUGUGCAUCCACCAAGAGCUGCUGCUGCAUAUCCUGGGUCUAUUUAAAAGGAGUUUCAAUGAUUUUCCCCACGUAGGCUUUCUUGAAAUGAAUAGUGCUUUCCCAAAAGCAGUACUUGGUAGGCUGUACUUCUUAGACUAAACUUGCUUUUAUGUCAUAUUAACAGUGCCAUCCUAAGUGGAGGCCCACCCUUCUAAGCCCCUUGAUUUCUACAGGGUGGAGCUCCACUUAGGAUGGCACUAUAAAGCUGAUAGGGAAAGAAAAUUGCAAAACUUACCUUGAUUCUUGUAUUAUGUUGUUGAAUACACCUAGCAAAAUUCUCUGGGUGAAAACUAUUCAUGCAAGUGCCUUACUUGCCCUGAGUUAAGAGAAGCUGCAGCUCCAGGGCACUGCAUGCACAGAAGGCCUACCAAUUCCUAAGGCACCUAGUUGCAGUAGUGGGACUUGGAUGAAGGGCUGCUGCGAUUCUAUCCUUCAGAAGUUAUGAAGGUUUCUGCUCCUACCAUGGAGCAGUUCAGUCACUGUGGAGAACCCAGAAUUGUCAUUGCUGGGGUUUUGUUUGUUUGCUAAUGAACUCUGUUAGCCUUUGUUUAUAAAUGUACUUAGCUGUUUUCUACUCAGCAGGCCAAUAAUUUUGCAAUUAUUUCUGUAUACCUGGAACUCCUAAAGGACACUUUGAAUGACAUAGGUGUGUAAAUUCAAGAAUGUAAUCCAGAUCCCAGGCUAGUUGCCAAAGGACCCCCAGGGCAGGGUACAGAUGCCAGAACAGCAUCUUGAGGCAGGCCAGAACAAGCUCUGGAGAUCAUAGCCAGAGUCAGUUUCAUUGUACCUCCAGUAAAAGCUCCAUUAUGAAUACAGUUUACAGUACGAGGAAUAUGGCAAAACUUGUUCAGGGCUGUAAAAUGCCUUUCCAGGGCAACUCUUUUUCCCAGUUACGUUUCUCUUCCUUUCAAAUCUGUAGCUAAAGUACCUAAAAGACUAGCCUGCAAGUAAACAGGGUUGAUGUUUCCCAAUGAGGGGAGUUAUAUUUCAAAAACCUUUUUUAUCCCACCCCAAAAAUGUAAAUGGAACUUGCCCUUUUACAGUUUUCCCUUUUUGUUCAAUCCUAAAACUAGACACUACAACACCAUAAUUUUAUUACUGAGUUCCUGCUUUCUCAUUGCUACGGUACUAAGGGUGUGCACCAUUUAGUUGCCAAUGAACUGACAGUGUCUUGCUCCACAGUGAUGCUUCUUUAUUUAUUGCAUUGUAAUUGAAGAAAUACAAGAGCCCUCUUCCGUUUACAUCCAGUUACUGAGCUUGAGCUCAUUGGUAAUAAGACCGGUUUUGAGCAGAAUCCUAUAUAUAUAGACUCAUUGACUUAACUUAAAGUGCAAGUUAAAGCACAUGGACUUGGUUAAAAAGGCAGCUUCAUUAUGAAGGAAGUGAGGAGGAAACAGGUGAUCAUAUUGGUUUGGAAGUUGGUGUAUGAAGCAAAACUAAUGGUAGGUUGCUUCCUUGCACUGAUUAUCUGAAACUUUUUGUGGUGUGAAGUCUGAACUGUAGAGAAAUCAUGUCAGAGAAGUCAGAGAAAUAAAUGACUUUACCAAGAGAAACUCUCAGAGGGAUGAAAUGAUUUUUUAAAAUUCCUCCCGAAAGCAGAAGAUGGGCUCAAGAAGAAAAUCUUUGCUCUUGGUUUGAUGCUUAUCUAUAGAACUUGAAAAGGCAUUACUCAGCUCAUCACCUUAAAAAGACCAAUUAAAUUACACUUUACUGUAAAAUGCAUUCUUGCUGUUUUCAGUUUUGUUCUAUUAAAU